AUGGCCCUGGCCAGCCCCCCGCCGGAGCUGCGCCUGCUGCUGACUCGCAUCUCGGAGGCGGAGAUGGAACUCUACUACCGCCUCUUGCGCGCCGCCGCCCUGGCCGAGGCUUGGGCCGCCGGAACGGCUCUCCCAACUCGGGCAAAAGACAUUGCUGAUGACUUGAAGAAAGAGUUAGCUUUCCUUUCUGGUGGGCGAGGGAAGGACAAUGGCUGGAUCAUAACAUUUCCUGAGAACUCCAACUUCAACCAAGUGCCCGAGGAGGUCUUAACAAAAGUUUUAACCUACUUAACUUGGAUCCCAAGUCGACAUGAAUCUGGCACCAAAUUUAUCCUAAUCCUGGACAGAAGGUUGGAUACGUGGACGUCAGUCAAAAUGACCCUCCAACGAAUCUCGGCCUCUUUCCCUGGAAAUUUACACCUUGUGAUGGUUCUACGACCCACUGGAUUUUUCCAGCGCACUUUUACUGACAUUGGAUUCCGGUUUAGUCAAGAGGACUUCCUGCUCAAAUUGCCGGUUGUAAUGCUGAGCUCAGUCAGUGACUUAUUGACAUACAUCGAUGAGAAACAGCUGACUCCUGAGUUUGGGGGCACCCUGGAGUACUGCCAUAGUGAAUGGGUCAUCUUCAGAACUGCCAUAGAAAGUUUUGCACUAACCGUGAAGGAAAUUGCUCAGAUGUUACAGGCCUUUGGCAUGGAGCUGGCAGAAGCAGAGUUGCCGGAUGACAACUAUUCAAUUGAACGCAUCCUGGCGCUUCGCACAGAGAAGUACUACCAGUUGAAGGAAGAUAUUACAGCAGUUACCAAAGAGGGAAAGAUGCUCUUAUGCAGUCUGGAAGAGCCUGAGAUGGAUGAACUUAGAGAGGGAAAAGAGCAGGAGAAGUCUGGAGACUGGGAGACAGUCAAUCGUUUGCUUGCACAGUUACAUGAGAUGGAAACCGCUUUUGACGGAUUCUGGGAGAAGCAUCAGCUCAAAAUGGAGCAAUACUUACAGCUUUGGAAAUUUGAGCAACAUUUUGAAGAGCUCAGUAAAGCCAUUGGAUUUUUAACGGAUCAGCAAGCAGAGCUGCCUGAUUCUGGAGAUAACAUCUCUCAAGUCAAACAGAGGCUUUCUGACCUGGAUAAUUUGGACAAAACAGCACAGGAUUUGACAGGAAAGGCACAAGUGGUAAUACUUCAUGGGCACCAGCUAGCAGCAAACCAUCACUAUGCCCUCAACUUGAUCUGCCAGCAGUGCAAUGAAUUGCGACACCAUUCGGACAUCUUGCUGGAGGAGAUCAAAAGGAAACGCAGCAGGCUUCAGCAAACCUUGGACCUCCUCACCUCCCUGCAGCGGGCUUUGGAGUGUUGCGAUGAAGGUGCGUACCUUCUAGCCAACCAGCCAAUGGACAAAUGCCAGUCUCGGGAAGGUGCCCAGAAAGCUCUCCAAGACAUAGAAAAAUUCCUCGAGAGCUCUUCAUCACACAUAAACACUGAUCCACAGGCCCUGUUCUCUGACUUUGAGCUCAUUUUAACACCUGAACUAAAGGCACGGAUACAGACGGUCCAGAUCAAGCUUGAGAAUGUGCGCAGCAUGUUUGAAAACAGGCAAGCUUGCUUCAGAAAGCUGGCAGACAAGCAGGCUCGCCCUGUGCAGCUGGUAGCCCCUCGGCCGGAAAACCCGUCUCGAUCAAAAUCUCCGUUGUUCUCUCCCAAACAUGAACAGUUUGAAGACGGGGUACCUUCUCUUCAUAUCUGUUUGCAUUCCUCCGCAUCAGUUUUUCUCCCUACAUCUUUUGCCCAUUACUUCGUUAAAGGUGUGGAUUUUAAUUCUAGUUUGAAAUUUUCAUUCGAUAUCUCCCUUCCUGGGAAGAAAACAUCAAGGAAGUCACAAAACUCCCGCAAGAUUGAAGUUAUGCACGAUUAUCAAGAAAAAAGGAAUUCCUUGCAAUACUUUAUUUCAGAAAGUGAAGACAGUUUAGACAUGCUGAAAAGCCAUGUGAUAAAUGAGCUUAUAGAAACUGAACGGGUAUAUGUGGAGGAAUUGUUCACCGUCUUGAUGGGCUAUCGGGCAGAAAUGGAUAACCCAACUACGGCUUUUCUCUUGCCCCCUGUCUUGAGAAACAGAAAAGAUGUUCUGUUUGGAAAUAUGCCUGAAAUCUACGACUUCCAUAACAGAAUUUUCCUGCACAAUUUGGAGAGUUGUCUUGAAGCACCAGAAAGAGUAGGAUACUGUUUUUUGGAAAGGAGGGAAGAUUUUCAAAUGUAUGAGAAAUACUGUCAGAAUAAGCCACGGUCAGAAUCUCUGUGGAGGCAGUGUGCUGAAAGCCUGUUUUUCCAGGAAUGCCAAAGAAAACUGGAACACAAACUCAGUUUAGAUUCCUACUUGCUGAAACCAGUGCAGCGGUUGACGAAGUACCAGUUGCUUCUUAAGGAACUGCUAAAAUACAGUACGAGUUGUGAAGGUGUUCAAGAGCUCCAAGAGGCUUUGGUUGCAAUGCUGGAUCUACUGAAAUCUGUCAAUGACUCCAUGCAUCAGAUUUCAAUAACUGGCUAUGAUGGAGACCUCGGUGAACUUGGAAAAGUGCUGAUGCAAGGAUCUUUCAGUGUGUGGAUAGGGCACCGGAAGGGUCCAACGAAAAUGAAGGACUUGGCCAGGUUCAAACCCAUGCAAAGGCACCUGUUUCUAUAUGAGAAAGCUCUUGUGUUCUGCAAGAAAAGAGAAGACCACAGUGAUGGAUACGAGAAGACUUCCUCGUAUAGUUUUAAGCACUUUCUGAAAAUGAAUGCUGUUGGAAUCACUGAAAAUGUGAAAGGAGACCAUCGGAAGUUUGAGAUUUGGUACAGUGGACGGGAAGAAGUGUACGUUGUGCAGGCUCAGACAUUUGACCUGAAGAUGGCAUGGCUCAAUGAAAUCCGAAAAAUUCUGUUCAAGCAGCAAGAACUUAUCAAAGUGGAGAAGCUGCAACAACCAUCUUGUAUAGAUCCGAUUCAGCUCUCUCCCCCAUUGAAUGAUGGGAAACAGCCCAGAGUUUCCAUAAGCUCAGAGGAAAAUGAUUCUGAACGCACCAGCCCUGUGGCCUUGGAGAGUGUUGUAUCCUCACCUCAGAACAAGCCAAAUAGACCUUGGCCAGGAAUGUCUCAUUCUUUGGAGAUCUGUGAAGGUCUUGAUGACUGGUCUAGCCAAAACUACUUCUCAACAUGUUCUGAUACCGAGGAAGAAGAUGGAAAUCAGCUGUCACCAGGAAAAUAUAAGGCCUUAGCAGACUGUAAGAAGAGAGACUCUGAGGAUUUGCUGGUGAAAAAUGGGGACGUGAUACAGCUUUUGCAUGAAGAUGGAGAGGGGCAGUGGUUGAUAAAAAACCUCAAUCAAAGGAAAGAAGGCUGGGUUCCUGUCAACAGCUUGCAAAUAAUCCUUGGGGACUGUAGGUUUCGGAAUGCCAGAGUUGCAGAUGCUGCCCCUUAUAAGACGAGAAAGUUAAGCUCCCCCUGAAGGGAGAACAGUCAUGUCAUUUUGAAUGCCGCAGUGGAGGUUUGAACUGGUUGUUUGCAAGAAAGAGAGAGAGGGAGCAUUCAGUGGUUGAAGUUACCCUGUUCUGUCACCCAUCAACUUUUGCUGCAUAUCACAGCUUCACCAACAUUGAACGUGACCAUCAGCGGAAGCCAUUCUUUUGACCUUUUCAUUUCGCCCACCACCACUAAAAAAACCCUGAGCCACUUUGUUUUGACAUGCUGAUGGAACUUCUUUCCUCCUCUCCAUGACAUCCACUAGAUUUCAUCUGAGAACUAAUUUAAUUUUUUCUUUAUCUUUUUUUGUUGUUCAGAUACUGAGUAACUUGUGUUCAUAGGCAUGAAAAGCGCUACCUUAUUUUGUAACCUCACAUAGAUCAGGUUGGCUGCACUUGACUAGGGUCACAAAUUGAAUAGUAGUUGUGAAUGAUAAGCUACAUUUUCAAGUUAGGUCAAUUCUUUUUCUAGAAUUAGUGCAAGAAUAUUCUAAUUGCAUAUAGACCAUUUAGGGGUGCUGGCGGGUGCACAACGAUGCAAUAACAUUGAGAAGGAGCGGGUUCUCCUUUUGCACUAGAGGUCUGCUCCAGAGCACAUGACAUCUAUGGACUGUGGCUCAAGACCUUAUUGAUUUGACAAUUCAGGGUUGUUAAAAGUCACUCUGGGUUCACCGGUAUUCCCAAGCUAUCUAAAAAAGUGUCCAUGUUUACAUUGAAUGCUUUCUGAUUUUUUGGAAGACGUGUGCCAUAACCUGAGUUUGAUGUCCACUUUUGCACUAAAAGUAAUGUAGUAGUUGCAAGACUGUACUUUUCAGCAUCGUUAUUGAGAAGAACUUGACAUUGGGAUGGUUUCCUUUUAAUGAAGUUUACGUCAUGUUUUUGUGCUUUGCCCAUGUAUUUCCUUUUCUGUUUGUAUGCUGUGUAUGUACAGAUGGUUGGAUGUGUACAAAUCUCAAAUGCAAUGGCAUCAAUAAAUGGGGCAGGUGUUGUGGUGAGCCCACUCAUAACAAUAUAAGAUGGGAAAUGAGUGCAUGAACGCAAAAAGUAACCAAGAAUGGUCUCAUUUGGCCAAUUUAUUAUACUUGUGGGCCACAGGAAAAAGGGGCAUUAAAAAAAAUCUGACUUUUGGUUUGUGAUUUCAAGAGGUAUCACAAAGCUGCUUUAUGACAUGAGUAUAUUUUGGGGUGGUUAUCUCAUAGCAGGCUUUUGUUGAGCAGAGGGUGAGCUGUCAUCUGAUCAUAUUUGACAGUCAAGCAUUACGUUAGGUCCUGGAUGUAUUAGUUCAACACUGUUUGCUACACCUCGUAUAUCGCCCAAUAUGAACACAAGCCUAUUAUGAUCCAUUUUACUCUAAACGAAGAGAUACUUCAUUUGAAAUAUCAUCAAGUCGCAAGGAUUCCUAUUGGAUUUUUCAGUGAUAUUCAUGUUUAGAACUAUAUUCCCUUUAAAAGAAGCUGUCUUGUUAGACACAUAAAGAAGGGGUAGAAAUAUCACAACACAAGGGCCAGUCAGUCCUGCUGUGAAGGCUGCACUUUUUAACUGCACACCUAAAUAUUUUAUCUUGACAAUCACAUUGUGCUCAUCCUGACACAUCUUGGUCUUUUAAUCUUCCUAGUUCUGAAUUGUAAAAGUUUUAUUUAAGGAAUCACCUAAGUCUGCAAAUCUGAAUGUACAGUCUUAGACUUUUAAAACUUUGCACAAAGCCUUUGUGACAUCUUAAAGUAGACAGAUUUACCACUUGAGCUGCAAAUGUUAUGUGGUACUUAAAGCUACACAGGAGGGGGACGAGAGUUCCCUUGCCUAAAAAUUUAAAUUAUGUAUACUGUAAAUGUAUUGUAAAAAUGUGUUAAAUCUAUAUUUAA